AUCGAGGGCGGCACGGCCAGCGGCUUCUUUACAGUUGAGGACACGCAGUACGUCACCAGGCUGUACCGCGUCUACGGGAAGAAGAACGUCAAGCUGGAGCCGGUGGCGCUGAAAGGGACGUCGCUGGACCCCCGCUUUGUGUUCCUCCUGGACCACGGCCUCGACCUCUUUGUGUGGCGGGGGAGCCGGGCCACGCUCAGCAGCACCACCAAGGCCAGGCUCUUCGCCGAGAAGAUCAACAAGAACGAGCGCAAGGGCAAGGCGGAGAUCACGCUGCUCAGCCAGGGCCAGGAGACCCCCGAAUUCUGGGAGGUGCUGGGGGGGCAGCCCGAGGAGAUCCGGCCCUGCGUCCCUGACGACUUCCAGCCCCACAAGCCCAAGCUGUACAAGGUGGGGCUGGGGCUGGGCUACCUGGAGCUGCCCCAGAUCAACUACAAGCUGUCGGUGGAGCACAAGAAGAGGCUGAAGGCCGACCUGCUGCCGGAGAUGCGCCUGCUGCAGAGCCUGCUGGACACCAAGAACGUGUACAUCCUGGACUGCUGGUCCGACGUCUUCAUCUGGAUCGGGAGGAAGUCGUCGCGGCUGGUGCGGGCGGCGGCGCUGAAGCUGAGCCAGGAGCUGUGCGGCAUGCUGCACCGGCCCAAGCACGCCAUGGUCACCCGCAACCUGGAGGGCACCGAGUGCCAGGUGUUCAAGUCCAAGUUCAAGAACUGGGACGACGUCCUGCACGUGGACUACACCCGCAACGCCGAGACGGUGCUGCAGGACGGCGGCCUCGCCGGCAAGGUCCGCAAGGACGCCGAGAAGAAGGACCAGAUGAAGGCCGACCUCACGGCGCUCUUCCUGCCCCGCCAGCCCCCCAUGCCCCUGAGCGAGGCGGAGCAGCUGAUGGAGGAGUGGAACGAGGACCUGGACGGCAUGGAGGGCUUCGUGCUGGAGGGCAAGAAAUUUGCGCGCCUGCCCGAGGAGGAGUUCGGCCACUUCCACACCCACGACUGCUACGUCUUCCUCUGCAGGUACUGGGUGCCGGUGGAGUACGAGGAGGAGGAGGAGAAGAAGAAGAAGGGCGACGGCAAAGGGGACGAGGAGGGCGAGGAGGAGGACGAGGAGAAGCAGCCCGAGGAAGACUUCCAGUGCAUCGUCUACUUCUGGCAGGGCCGCGAGGCCUCCAACAUGGGCUGGCUCACCUUCACCUUCAGCCUGCAGAAGAAGUUCGAGAGCCUCUUCCCCGGCAAGCUGGAGGUGGUGCGCAUGACGCAGCAGCAGGAGAACCCCAAGUUCCUGUCGCACUUCAAGCGGAGGUUCGUCAUCCACCGGGGCAAGAGGAAGGAGAAGGCCAGCCCGCCGCAGCCCAGCCUCUACCACAUCCGCACCAACGGCGGGGCCCUGUGCACCAGGUGUAUCCAGAUCAACACGGACGCCGGGUUGCUCAACUCCGAGUUCUGCUUCAUCCUCAAGGUCCCCUUUGAGAGCACGGACAACCAGGGCAUCGUCUACACCUGGGUGGGCCGCGCCGCCGACCCCGACGAGGCCAAGCUGGCCGAGGACAUCAUGAACCAAAUGUUCGACGACUCCUACAGCAAGCAGGUGAUCAACGAGGGAGAGGAGCCCGAAAACUUCUUCUGGGUGGGCAUCGGCAGCCAGAAGCCCUACGAUGAAGACGCCGAAUACAUGAAGCACUCCCGGCUCUUCAGGUGCUCCAACGAGAAGGGCUAUUUCGCCGUGUCCGAGAAGUGCUCCGACUUCUGCCAGGACGACCUGGCCGACGACGACAUCAUGCUGCUGGACAACGGGCAGGAGGUCUACAUGUGGGUGGGCACCCAGACCAGCCAGGUGGAGAUCAAGCUGAGCCUCAAAGCCUGCCAGGUCUACAUCCAGCACAUGCGCUCCAAGGACCCGGCGCGGCCCCGCAAGCUGCGGCUGGUGCGGAAAGGCAACGAGCCCUGGCCCUUCACCCGCUGCUUCCACGCCUGGAGCGGCUUCCGCAAGCCGCCCGCCUAAGGGCUGGGGGCACCCCGGGCUGCC